AUGGCCUUAGCAGAGAAAGAAGCUGUUCCAUAUUCACAGUACCCAACUCUAUCAGCAUGCAGAGCUGCAUGUCUGGAAAAUUGUUCCUGCACAGCCUUUGAUCUCACUAACUCUACUCUUCCCAUUUGUAGAAUGUGGUUUGGGGAUCUGUUCAAUAUUCGCGUUGCAUCAAACAGCCAGCCCGUCUUCCUUCGCAUGGCUGCUUCUCAGUUGGGACAGUCCAUAUCCAGUGGAGGAAAAAAACAAGGAUGUGUCCUAUUGAUUUCACUUCCCGUCGGUGGUGUUUUCGUUCUUGUUUUUGCUUUCCUUGUUAUAAUCUUUCUUCGGUGGAGGCGUGGAAUAGUGGGUAAGGGAGGAGAUUCGGAAGCUGACCUGCCUGCUUCCCUGAGAACAUUCACUUACAAGGAGCUCCAAAUUGCAACCAACAAUUUCAGAGAUAAGUUAGGGAAAGGAGCAUUUGGCUCUGUUUUCAAAGGGGCUCUCCUAGACAAUACCCUUGUAGUAGUUAAAAAAUUAGAGGGUUCUACACAGGUAGAAAAGCAGUUUCGUGCAGAAAUAAGCACCAUCGGAAACAUACAGCAUGUCAAUUUGGUCCAGCUUUGUGGAUUUUGCACAGAAGGAUCUGAAAGGCUGCUGGUUUACGAGUACAUGCCCAAUGGUUCUCCCAAUUCCUUUCUAUUCGCUGGAUCACAAAGGCUGUUGGAUUGGAAGACACGCUUCGAGAUCGCUUUAGGCAUUGCCAGAGGCUUAGUUUAUCUCCACGAGGAAUGCAGAGAUCUAAUCAUUCACUCUGAUAUAAAUCCCAAGAACAUACUUCUGGAUAGCGAUUUCAGCGCAAAGGUGGCUGAUUUUGGUCUAACAAAGUUGGUGAAGAAGAGAUUUCAGCAGGGUUUUGACAAGCAUGAGAGGAACUCGAGGUUACAUCGCUCCUGA